AUGGGUUUAAUUAGAGGACUGGUUUCCACUUUAUACUGCCUUCCAAAGCUUUAUAAAUGGUUUUAUCGGCCCUAUUAUUUGCUGUCGCUGCUGAUGAGCGUGGCGUUCCCGAUCGUCCGCAGCUGUCCAGGACUCUGCGAGCACUUACCGUCCCAGAGAGAUGACAGCAACUCCUGCGCCUUUGACUGGAGGGAGGUGGAGAUUUUAAUGUUUCUCAGUGCUAUUGUGAUGAUGAAGAACCGCAGAGCCAUAACACUGGAGCAGCACGUGGGGAAUAUAUUCCUCUUCAGUAAGGUGGCGAAUGUGGUGCUGUUCUUCCGGGUGGACCUGAGACUUGGCCUUCUCUACCUCACGCUGUGUGUGGUGUUCCUGAUCACAUGUAAACCACCGAUCUACAUGGGCCCCGAGUUCAUCAAAUACUUCAGCGACUCAACUAUAGAUGAAGAGCUGCGGAGGGACGGUCGUGUGAUAUGGAUUGUUGAGUUUUAUGCCAACUGGUCUCCAGAGUGUCAGACAUUUGCCCCCAUUUUUGCUGACCUGUCACUCAAGUAUGACUGCUUAGGCCUCAAAUUUGGAAAAGUGGACAUCGGACAGUAUGCGGCAGCUGCCGAGAGGUACAAGGUGAACCCCUCACCGCUCUGCAAGCAGCUGCCUUCUCUGUUGCUCCUGCAGGGCGGUCGAGAGCUUAUGCGCCGUCCUCUCGUGGACAAGUCGGGACGAGCCAUUGGGUGGAGCUUCACUGAGGAAAACAUCAUCCGAGAUUUCAACCUAAAUGAGAUAUUCCAGAGAUGUAAGAAAUUCAGCAAAGGAGAGAAGCCUGAGGAACUGAAGACGCUCCUGCAGGAGGCUCCUGAAGAAGAGCAGCCACAUGAUGAGGAUGAUGAGGAGGACGAGGAGGAGGAAGAGGAACCAGAGAGCAAGAAAGACAAAUAAGACACAGAACGGAAAGGAAUGCAGCAUUUAUGACUAUCCUGAACCCACACACGGUUCUGAAUAGUGCAUCACAUCAUCUACACAAAUGCCUCACAUGUGGAAACCUUUCCUCUUAACUCUGACUUUGAUUUUAGUUUACAAGAAACCUUGACGUCACAAACAGCUGUGUUUGCUUUCGUAUUCUGGCCGCUGGCUUUUCAUGAUAAAUGCAUUCAGUGUGUCUUACGCUUUAACCUCGGCCAUAUUCUGUACGUUCAUUCUCCACGCUGACAGGGACAAUCAGGUUUAAACUGCUUUAGUCUUUUACGCCGAGGGGGUCUGUGGUGCUGCUGCAGGGGGUUUGCCAAUUACUCUUUGAUCUCAAAAGAUCAGGCUUUAAAUGAAAACACACAGCAUCAAGCUGACUUCCCCGAAAGAUAAUAAGCGAAAUGUUUCACUCUCCCUGAUUACAGCAUGCCAGCAUCAUCAUAAAGUACGUAAAUGCAUGAAGAUGAGAUUUUAUUAUAGGCCUAGUUUUAAAUGCAAACAGGACAUCCUCGAUCGCUCUUAUAAUCCAAAUGAGUCUUUUAUGCUUUAUGCAUGUUGUGUUGCAUUUGCUCUUGAGGUUCAAAACUGAGUCAUUUGUGUUUGUUCAAGCAUUAGUUAAUAAAAUGACACAUUCUUAAAGGAAUAUACCAAAAAAAAAUCAUCAUUUACUGAUUUAGAUGAGCAGAACCUACUGAAAUCUGCUCAUUGUUAUGUCAGCAAUGCACAGAAACCUGAAUGAAUACUGUAUGAUUAACUGAGAGUCCUUUCCAGGUGCUUUUGUGGAUACAGACUUUCAAACAAAAAUGUCGUAGUGUCUUCGAUGUCUUGCAGGAUUGUGGAGGAGACUAUGAAGCCUGAGAACACAUGCUCAGGAAUAUGAAACAUACUCUCCGUGUGAGUUACAGAAAUUAUAUAUUAUAUUGUUUUUGCUCACAUAAACUUCCGGCUCAAUUAAAUCAAGAGUUGGAAUCCGUUUCAAGCGAGACAGCGGCA